AUGUCUUCAUCGGCGAGCUUUCCCAGCGACCACGACAAUGGCCCAGCGGUGAAUGGUGUCACAUGGUCAUUUCUCAUUAUAGCUGUUGUCAGUGUCAUUUUACGUUGUUAUGUGAGAAUUUUCAUGAUAAAAUCAUUUGGAUACGAUGAUAUUUUGAUCGUGGUCACGCUGGGCGUCUUGAUUGCCGGAGAUGUAGUUAUAUCCAACAUGGUCUCGGCAGGGAUGGGACGGCAUCUAGAAUAUCUUCCAAAUCCGACAUAUUCGGCACUUCAGAUUCUCAAGUGGAACUCGAUUUACCAAAUUCUCAACGUCAGUGGUGCUCUUUUGACAAAAAUCUCCAUUGGGCUUUUCCUCCUGCGCCUCAAACGAACCCGAAAAUUUACAAUCGCUGUUUGGGGAGUGUUGACACCGUUGUUUAUUACAACAGUCAUCUUGUGCUUCGUUGUUGGACUCCAAUGUAUACCUUUGCGGGCUUUGUGGACACCAACAAUCAAAGGACAUUGCAUUAGCAACAAAACGCCUCUCAAUGUUUCUUAUGUUCAGUCUGCAUUUGCCAUCUUGGCCGACCUCUUCCUCACUGUUUCACCAAUCGUCAUUUUGUGGAAAGUUCAGAUCAGUCUGAGGAAGAAGCUUGGUAUCUGUGCCUUGAUGAGUUUAGGCUUGAUGGCCACUAUUGCAAACGCCUUGCGCAAUGCAUUUAUUCCGAAUUUAACUGCCUCGGAUGAGACAUAUACUAUCGUUCCCAUUGUUCUCGUCGCGGACCUCGAAUUUUCCCUAGGGACCAUCGCCGCGUGUAUGCCAACCUUAAUGCCACUAUUCAAAGGAAAUGGCAACAACAGCAGCUACAACAAAAUGAGUGGCAUGACACCCACUGUUGGUUCCGGCCGGGGAAGGAAUACGAUUCCCAGUCGUAACCAAUACUCAUUUACGGAUGCAACUCAUACUUCCCGCCAGAGUACUGAGAGCGAAAUUCCCCUCAAGUCGAUGAACCAGGGUAACCAAAUAACAAUGUCCAAGUCAUUUGCCGUGGAGCAUAGCGCGGCCUAA